UUCAGUUGUUGCGAAUGAUUUUUCAUAAAUGAUUUUCAGUCCCAUUUUUUUUUCGAGAGAAAGAAAGAGUGAAAAAGAAAGAGAAAGAGAAGAUUGAAACAAAAAAUCGAUAACAAUUUAAAAAAUCCCCAUUGAUCAUUUUACGCAUAAAAUAUUCACGCGUAUGUAAUGCGACGGUUAAAAUGUUAUCAGAAGCGAUGUUAGUCCACAGAAAAAGUGGUGUCACUGAAAAUUCGAAUUGGAUUCAAUUGAAGAAAAGUCCCUCGUUAAUUCCUCAUUAUUUUAAAUGAAAUGCCCAUUCAUUCAGGGAAAAAAACCCCCAGAAAAUCGCUUAAAAUUCAACAAAUCAUCAUUUUGAAUAAGCAACACACAGUGGCGCCACUUUGACAGUCAUACAAUCACUUUGACGUUUGUUGUCAAAUGUUCAUGUGCACACGAUGAACAUGUGUGAUUGAGAAAACAAAAGUUUACAUUACGGUGAAUACGAGUAGAUCUAUACUGUUUUUUUUUUAUUUUCUUCGAAGAUGAAUCGUGCAAAAUCGGGUCGUGGAUCAAGUGGUUCUGGUGCAAAUAAUCGACGAAAUAAAAAGUAUGCCAAGCAAUCACAUCGAAAUGCUGAUCGAAAGUUGGCCGAACGAGCGGCUGAUUUGAAAUUACAAUCCGACUCGUCAUCGAGUAGCAAUGGAUCAUCGUCCGGUUCGUCGGAAUCCAGUUCGGAUGAUGAUGAUCAUGGAAAAGCACCAACUUUUAACGUUGCAAUGUGGGAUCUCAAUCAUUGUGAUCCGAAAAAAUGCUCAGGCCGAAAAUUGGCACGACACGGAUUGAUUAGCAAUUUACGUUUGGGUCAACGAUUUCCCGGUCUGGUUUUAACACCCGUCGGAACGAAUUGCGUGAGUCCAGCGGAUAAUGAAAUUAUCAAAGCAUCCGGAUUGGCGGUGGUCGAUUGUUCAUGGGCUAAAUUAGAUGAAACACCAUUCGAUCGAAUGAAAACACCACAUCCACGUUUACUGCCAUUUUUAGUCGCCGCAAAUCCAAUCAACUACGGCAAACCAUGCCAAUUGAGCUGCGUUGAAGCCAUUGCGGCCGCUCUUUAUAUUAUCGGAUUAAAAGACGAGGCCAAAUGGUAUCUAAGUAAAUUUUCAUGGGGUCAUUCAUUUUUGGAAUUGAAUAAUGAGCUCUUGGAAAAGUAUUCAUCGUGUACGUCAAGCAAAGAGAUUCUCGAAGCGCAAGACGAAUAUUUGCGAAAUGCUCAAGCCGAAAAGGCGAAUCGACGCGACGAUUUCUUCCCAACAUCAUCAAGUAGCAGUGAUACUGACGAUGCAGAAGAAAAUGCUAAAGGAAAUGCAUCCCAAACGUAAACCAAAAGUCAUGGCGUUCAUCCAUCAUGACAUCAUACCGCAUUCAGAAUCUAAAUUAAGCGUAUGUCUGUAAAUAUUUACAAAAUUAGUUUUAACAUGUAUGAAAUAAAAUCCGUUUAUUAUAUACAAAAACGCGAGUCGA